AUCAAAACCAAUUAAUCUGUGAGAUACCAUCGUUGUAAUAGUUUUUUGAAUUUUAAUAUUUUUAUCAUUAUUGUUUUUUUCUGUUUUAUUUUUCUCGGUACCUGGAUAUGUACUUUUGCCGAUGAGAUUCUCAAGUAUUUAUAAAAUAUGUCAUCAUAUAAAAUAAUCGUUUAAAAGAUUAAGUAAUGUGGAGUUGCCAGUUAGUGUUAAAAGUAUAUAGCAAAGUAACUGUUGCAGUUAAUGUGAAAGUUGCAUAGUAAAUAUUUACAAUAAUGGAAUUCAGCACUGAAUUUGUUGGUGGUUACUUCUCAAAAACUAUAAAUAUUAGAAAGUUUAAGAUAGAUAAUGCUUUUCUUAAUAUAUAUGAUGUUAAAGCAUCUAAAGCUAAUGAACGCUGUGUAUUAGAAAAAUUAAAAUCAAUCAAUCCAAAUGUUGAUACAUCAAAAUUAAUAGAAGAUAUGAAAGAAUGUGAAAUUGAAUUGCAGAAACAUAAUUAUCAACAUAUUUUUGAAUCACCUAAUGCACUAAGUGCUCGUUGUCUUCUUCCUAUAUAUAAUUCUAUUGAAGGUGAUCUUCAUACACUAAAAAGAGUAAAAAAUGAUUUAUACCAGAAAAAGAGAACGAAAUUGUACACUCCACUUCCUAAUUUUACUCCAAGAGGGAAUAUAACGCCUGGCCAAACAUUAUUAAUUACAGUUUCAUUUUACUAUCCAUUUCAUUGGAUGAAAAAUCAAGAUCCAGAUGAAGCUGUUAUUCCACAUUGUAAAGAAGUAAUUCAAUUUUAUGAUACUCAGACUCUUCAGGAUUUGAAAAAUGGGUUCAAAUGUGAUAACUCAGAGAGUGAAAUCAGUGGAGAUAUAAGUACAAAUCCUUACAAACCAUUAGAAUUUAUAGCUAAAUCGGACUUGAAACAUUCUUUAUUCUAUAUAAACAAUACAAUUUACGUGGACACUUUACCGGAUAAUAAAACAAUAAUGCAUUCUGAAAAUAUGAAAAAAUGGGCUGAAGAAAAUGGUUAUCCUAUUAGAGAUAUAUUGUCAAUUGAUACAAAACUUUUAGACCUGGAGGUAUGCAUUGGUCAACCCUAUAUUUAUCAACAUUUGGGACGCUGUGAACAUUUAUUUAUUUUUAAUGAAAUCAGUUUUGCUCAAAGUUCUGAUUGUCUAGGCCAGAAUAAUUAUCCAAGAAUAAUAAGUAUGGCAAAAGAAAAAUUAAAAAACUGUAUAUUUUGUAAUAAAAAUAUAGCUAAGUUUGUUAUGGUGUCUCAUGAUGUUAGAACUCCUGUAACAGUAAAUCAUAUGUGUGAUUCUUGUUAUAUAUCAUUUAAUUAUGAUAAUUUAGGGGAUAAAAUAACAGAUUUUAAAGCUUAUAGAACUUUAAAAUGGAAAAAAUAA